AUGUGGAUGUAUGCCGAAUCCCAGUCGAUUCGAAUGGGAGGAAAGAUCCGAGCGAUGGUUUCAGACGCAAUCUACCGCAAAGCGUUCACUCUUUCAUCUGUGUCUCGCUGCUCGACGAGCUCCGGGGAAUUAAUGAAUCUAAUGAGCAGCGACGCUUAUCUUCUGCUUUGGACGGUCUUUUUCUACAUGGCCCUGAUCGCUCUUCCGAUUUUGGUGAUGGUGAUCUUCGUUUUUGUGUAUGUCAGCAUGGGCAUUACCUCGCUCGUCAUCAUCGUCAUGUUUUUGAUGAUGCUCGGAUUGAUGACCUUUGGCGUCUACCGCUACGCCAAAGAGCGACUCCGCUGUCUUCAAACCACCGACGAGCGUGUCAAGCUCGUCUCCGACGUCGCCACCGGCAUCCGCAUCGUGAAGUUCUACUGCUGGGAAGAGCCGUUCCGCCAGCUGAUCGACAAAAGCCGCCAAUCCGAGCUCGUGUUUAUCCGCAAAAUCGCCGUGAUUUUGGCGGGGUAUUUCGACUCGGUGACGUUCGUUUUCCCCAAACUCAUGCCGCUCGUCGGCUUCGCGCUCUACCCGAUCAUCACAAACACGCCGCUGAGCGCGUCGAUCGCCUUCUCGAUCAUCUCUCUCUACAAGAUCGUCGAGUCUUCCAUCUUUUAUAUGCCCUGGAUUCUCGCGUCCUGCGCGCAGCUCGAAGCCUCCUACAAGCGAAUUUCGCACUUUUUAUCUCUCGAAGAAAUGGAAGCAGACCUCGUCGUUCAGGACCCGCCAGCCGCCGAACCGCUGCGAUUUUGCGCGGCAAACGGCGAGGCGAAGACGACGCGGAUGGGCGAGAACGACGCGGUGAUGGUCGAGGAAGGAACCUUCGCGUGGGGCGACGCCGCGCCGUGUCUUCGCGAUGUUUCCAUGCGAAUCCCGCGGGGAGCGCUCGUCGCCGUCACCGGAAAAACGGGUUGCGGGAAAACGUCGUUUUUGGCGGCUUUGAUGGGGGAGAUGAACCGAAUCAGCGGCGUGGUGGCGACCCGCGGUUCUGUGGCGUAUUCUGCGCAGCAGGCGUGGAUUCUGAACGAUACGGUUCGGAACAAUAUUCUGUUCGGGAAGGAAUUCGACGACGCGAAAUACGAGGAAGUGCUGUCGGUGUGCUGCAUGAAGAACGAUUUGAAAACGCUGCAAGGCGGAGAUCAAUGCGAGAUCGGAGAUCGCGGAAUCAACGUGUCGGGCGGGCAGAAAGCGCGCAUUUCGCUGGCUCGAUGCUGCUAUUCGGACUCGGACAUCAUGAUUCUGGACGAUCCGAUCGCUGCAGUGGACGCGCACGUGGGGCGUUCGCUGUUUCAUAACUGCAUCAAGCGGUAUUUGCACGGGAAAACGAGGAUUAUGACGACGAACGCGUCGCACGUGCUGAGCGAUUGCGAUCUGAUUAUCGUUCUGGAUGACCGCAAAAUCGCGUUUUUGGGGACCUAUCAGGAGUAUUUGGAGUCGGGCUAUCAGGCCAUGGAGGAAGCGAAGCCGGCACCGAGCGAAGAACCGCCUCGCAAGGAUUCUGCGGAGCAGCUGAGCAAGGAAAUGGAGAAGAACGGGACCUUGACGCUGGAGGAAACCAAGCGAACGGGCCGCAUCCAGCCGUCCGUGUUCCUGGGCUAUUUCAAGGCGUUCGGGUAUUGCAUCGCCGCGUUCGUGCUGCUCUUCUUCCUCUGCAACGUCGCGCUCUCCGCCGUCUCGCAGUUCUGGGUCUCCGCGUGGACCGACGACGCCUGCUUCGCGAACUCCACGGACCCGGAAGUCGGUUCGGAGGCGCCGAUCGCUUGUGACGGUCGUUUGCAGUACUACAUCAUCGGCUAUACGGUCAUCACCGCGCUGCUGAUCUUCUUCGCGGUCGCGCGGUUCUUCACCAUCGUGAAAGGCCGCAUCAACGCGUCCUGGCUGAUGCACCAGCAGCUCAACAGCGCCGUUCUCAGCUCUCCCGUGUCGUUCUUCGACACCACGCCGACCGGUCGCAUCGUGAACCGAUUUAACCGCGAUAUGUACAUCACCGACUUCGACUUCCCGCUCUAUUUCUUCCAGCUGGCCAAUCAAAUCAGCAGCAUUCUCUCCGAGUGCAUCGUGAUCGUGGUCGUUACGCCCAUCACCAUCGUUCUCUUGAUCGUCGUCGCCAUUCUCUGGUAUAUCGUCUACGGUCUUUUCACGCGCGCCAACGCCGACUUCCAGCGCAUCGAAGGCCUGGAGCGCUCGCGCGUGUUCUCGCACUUCCAGACGGUUCUUUUCGGCGUGUCGUCCAUCCGCACGUUCCACCAAAGCGACGCGUUCGUCCGCAAAAUGGACGACGCGCUCGACCGCAGCAACCUCGCCGCGAUGUACUCCGUCUGGGCCAAUUACUGGCUCUGCAUCCGCGUCUGCAUCGUCACUUCGUUCAUCACGCUGGCCGUCUGCAUCAUCGGAAUUCUCGGACGCGACUCGCCGAACACCUCGCUUCUCGGCGCCGCGCUCUCCUCCGCCACUAGUCUCGCCAGCUACGCCACCAACGUCUGCGAUAUGCUCGCGCAGACCGAGCUGAACGCGAUCGCCGUCGAGCGAAUCCAGGACUACAUCAGCAAUGCCAAGCCCGAGACGCCCAUGAUCACGGACGUGCGGCCUCCGAAAGGCUGGCCGAGCGAGGGACGCAUCGAGAUGAAGGACGUGGCGCUGCGGUAUCGCGACGGACCGCUCGUGCUGAAGGGCGUGAACCUGACGGUGGAGCCGGGAGAGAAGCUGGGAAUCGUGGGCCGGACGGGCGCAGGGAAGUCGUCGAUGAUGAUCGCGCUGUUCCGAAUCGCGGAGCUGGCGGGCGGGUCGGUGACGAUUGACGGGAUCGACGUGGCGAAGCUGGGGCUGACGGAUGUGCGCCGCGCGCUGUGCAUUAUUCCGCAGGAUCCAGUGCUGUUUUCGGCGUCGGUUCGGUUCAAUUUGGACCCGUUUUAUGAGGCGAGCGACGAGGAAAUCUGGUCGGUUCUGGAAGAAUCGGGACUGAAGAAGACGGUGCUGGCGAUGGAAGGCGGGCUGGAAGCGAAGGUGGAGGAGGGAGGAAGCAACUUUUCGAUCGGCGAACGGCAGCUAAUCUGCAUGGCGAGAGCGCUGCUUCGAAAGCCGAAGAUUCUGAUAAUGGACGAAGCGACGGCUUCGAUGGAUAACUCGACCGAUCUGUUCCUGCAGGAGAUGAUUCGAAAGCAGUUCGCGAACUGCUCGCGACUGACCGUGGCGCAUCGACUGAACACAAUUAUGGAUUCCGAUCGGAUCUGUGUGAUGGACCACGGGCGUGUGGCGGAAUGCGACACUCCGCAGGCGUUGCUUCACAAUCCGCACAGCAUUUUCAGAGGCAUGGUGGAAGCGACGCAGGACCCCUCGCUCUUGAAAAUGAUCAAGUCUACGUAG